CUGAAGAUCUUAUAAAAGCUACACACGAGGGACAUGUCAUUUGGCACCUUCACUUUUUGAUCCCUACAGAAGAUGAUGAGAAGUCACACCAUAACAAUGAUGACUACUUCGGUCAGCAGCUGGCCCUGCUCCUCCCAGGAAGAGCACUUUGUAACUAAUCAGAAUGUCCAACUGCCAUACAACUUCUCAGGAGCAUCAAAUUUUACUGCCUGUCCCAUGGAUGAAAAAGUACUCUCUAGCGUGUUAAUAGCAUUUUACUCUGUUAUUUUCAUUGUGGGACUGGUUGGAAACAUAAUUGCCCUCUAUGUAUUUCUGGGUAUCCACCGCAAAAGAAAUUCCAUUCAGAUUUACCUCCUUAAUGUAGCCAUUGCAGACCUCUUACUUAUCUUCUGCCUCCCUUUCCGAAUAAUGUAUCAUAUUAACCAAAACAAGUGGACACUAGGUGUGAUUCUUUGCAAGGUUGUGGGAACACUAUUUUAUAUGAACAUGUAUAUUAGCAUUAUUUUGCUUGGAUUCAUCAGUUUGGAUCGCUACAUAAAAAUUAAUCGGUCUAUACAACAACGGAAGGCAAUAGCAACCAAACAAAGUGUUUAUGUUUGCUGUGCAGUAUGGACAAUUGCUCUUGCUGGAUUUUUAACUAUGAUUAUUUUAACUCUUAAGAAAGGUGGCCAUAAUUCCACAAUGUGUUUCCAUUAUAGAGAUAAGCAUAAUGCAAAAGGAGAAGCAAUUUUUAAUUUGAUUCUUGUGGUAAUGUUCUGGCUAAUUUUCCUACUAAUAAUCCUUUCAUAUAUUAAGAUUGGCAAGAAUCUAUUGAGGAUUUCUAAAAGGAGGUCAAAAUUUCCUAAUUCUGGUAAAUAUGCCACUACAGCCCGAAAUUCUUUUAUUGUGCUUAUCAUUUUUACUACAUGUUUUGUUCCCUAUCAUGCCUUCCGAUUUGUCUAUAUUUCUUUACAGCUAAAUGUGUCAUCUUGUUAUUGGAAGGAAAUCGUUCACAAAACCAAUGAGAUCAUGCUGGUUUUCUCAUCUUUCAAUAGCUGCUUAGAUCCAGUCAUGUAUUUCCUGAUGUCUAGUAAUAUCCGCAAAAUAAUGUGCCAACUUCUUUCUAGAAGAUUUCAAGGGGAAUCUAGCAGGAGUGAAAGCACUUCAGAAUUUAAACCAGGAUACUCCCUGAAUGAUGCAUCUGCUGCAGCCAAAAUUCAGCCUACUUCUUAAAGCAUUUGCAGCGAACAUAUUAAAAGCCUCUCAAUUCCUUGAAGAACUAAAAAUUACAAAACAAAGCUCUAGCAUUUACAAAGCUCACAUCUUCUCAAAGCUCUUUUCUUACUUUUGAU